UCCAUCCUAACUGGUGACUGGUGAGUGGCAGAAGCAACGGCAGGGCUUUGUUGACAUCAUCACGUCAUAUGAUCGAAGGCAAUGGCUGCUGAGAUAAAGCCUCUGCGUGGUGCUCAACCUGCCAAGACAACGCCCACUGACAAGCCUGUGCUGGUAUCCAAAGUAGAGGGAAUUGGGGACGAUAUAAACGCCGCAACACUCAUUAAUGGAGGCACGGGUGUCAUCUCUAUCAGCGAUGACAAGUCCGUGCGCAUUUGGCAGCAGCGGGACUCAGGACAGUAUUGGCCAAGUGUGUGUCAUUUCCUGCCAUCUGUUCCUACCAGUUUUCAUUACCUGCCAGACUUGAGGUUCAUGUUUCUGGGACUUGAUAAUGGAAGGGUUGUUGAAUUCACAGUUGCUGCAGACUACAACAGUAUCACCCAGUCUAGUCCUCCACCAGAUGUCACACCUCAUCCAUUGAAAUGUGGGAAAGCAGUUUGUGAUAACUGCAGCAGCAAGAGAUCUUGCAUCCCAGCAAUGGGAUUUGAAUUCGAUGUAAGAGUUUGUGACAAGUGCCACACAACAAUAUCAGACCAAGAAAUGAAUGGAGAAAACCGUCAGUCACUGGCCAAAUUUCAUGAAGUGAAGCAUAGCAUAAUCAACAUGGACCUUGAUGAUGAGACUGGUCUUCUGCUCACUGUGGGUCAGGAUCGAGUCAUGAAGAUAUGGGAAGUGUCAAGUCUGCUGAAUUGAUCCCAAGAGGAGGGUGAGGAGCCAUGGCAGACCCAGGUGCUGCAGACAGCUAGUGCAUUGCUGUGAGGGUCUGACUGAUUGGCUCUCAUCCACUGGACAACACUAAGAUUCUGUUUGGUGAGGAAGAAUUAAGGAUUGACUGGUAGGAAUCAAAUAAUUUGAUUUGCAGUUGAUCUUUUUAUUGUUGAUCAACUCAUGUGAUACUGUAUCAAGGAUUUCAUAUGGAAUGCCAUGAAUUUUACACACACACACACUUUCAGGCCCUCAGAUUGAAAUGCUCUGUAUUAGAUUCUUUAUUCAUUACAUUCUUUAUUCAUUAAAUAUAUAUCAAUUG